AAUUUCCCUUCUCUCCCCUUCUUUUUCCUUCACCAUGGCAGCAGUUAGAGACAGUUUCCUGGACCUGGAAAAGCAUCGACUGCAACUUGAAGACUCUGUUGCUAAGCUGCAGAAGGCUUUGCAGCACUGGCAAAAAUGGGACGCUGAAUACGAGUCCUUGAGAGAGGAAAUCGAGUCGGUUCCCCAGCCUGCCAGUCGGGAGGCUCUUGCGCGCAUUCGCAGAGACUUCGAGGGCGAGGUUGUCGACAAGAAAGAGAUCAACGACCUUUUUGGGCGCAUUGAUCUGAAGCCUGCCGACCAGAUUGUCAACCUGCUUUCGCGUCGCAUCGACUAUGUUUCCAAGAACAUCGCCACUCUUGAGAAGCAGCUCGAGACUGCGGAAGAGAAGCACGCUGCCGCCAGCGUUCUCAGCAACCCUGAUGUGCGGGAUGAGGAUGGCUUGCCUAUUACGGAGAUCAUCGAGGAGCUCGACGAAGAGGGUAAUGUGCUCUCCAGCCGACUGCAGCAGCCUGGCGACUCGAGCGCUCAGAUCAGGGAGAUCCUGGAGAAGGCAGGCGUCAAGGACAUCCCGACCGGCCAACCCUCGCAGACGGAGAAGACAGAACCAAUCGUGGAAGACGUUACCGACGAGCCUCUGGCUAAGGCAUCCGACUCAACAUCAGCAGCCCAGGAUCCCGCGCAGUCUGUGAAGGAGUCACUUCCCGAAGCAGAGGUUGACGACUCUGUGGCAGUCAAGAAGUCCGUCUCAUUCGCCGAAGACACCAAGCCCUCGGCAGAGCAGCAGGUCUCGAGGAACGCCCAACGAGUUGAAGAGAUCAUGCAGACCGCCAGGAGCCAGGAAAACAUCAGCCGCGAAGCGCCCGUCAUUCCCGAAGACGAGUCUGAGGAAGACGCCUUCCUUCGCCGAGAGAUGCUGAAGUACGGCAUGGAAGAGGUGGGCCAAGUCGUGGCUGAACUCAACCUUGAGGAUGGCGAUGGCUCUGCCGACGAUGACGAGGACUGGGAGUAUGAAUACUCUGAUCUUGAGGACGACGAUGAAGAAGACAAGUUUGGUCGGUCCACUUCCAGCGUCUUGGACGACGGGUACCAUCAGCGGAUGUUGGAGCUCGAGAAGCGACUCGGGGUCAAGUCUCGCUUCACUCAGAAGUCAGAAGCAGAUGACCAGGAGUCAGACGAAGACCAACAGGGCAUUGGUCGCAUCAUCGUUAACUCAGGUGACAAGGGCAAGGCAGUCGAAGCUGCCAAGCCGUCGCCAGUGCCUACGACGUCCAUCCUGAGGACCUCUUCCCCGACGGACGCGGACGACAGUAAGAAGAGCGUCCGCUUCGCACAGAGCCUGGACGUCGCCCCAGAUAGCGUUGCCGACACCGCUGCCGUGCCGCCGACUGUUCCUCAACCACCUCCAGAGCCCUUUGUCGAGCCUCUCAGCGAUAUUGUGGAGCGUACCGGCCCCACCAAACAAGCGGAGGCCAAGUCAACCCGCAAGGCGUCUCGGUUCAAGAAGCAGAAGGCAGCGCCGACGGUCGUUGAUGAUGGCUUCGUUCCCAUGGGCCCGCGCGAUGUGCCAUCACGCUUCAUCGACCAGGACAGGCCCACAGCUCCGACGGGACCUGAGGGGAAGACACUGGCAGACGCGGUCGUCGAGAAGGAGAGCAAACCUCAGGACGAGAACGCUUUUGACGAGGACUUCAUCGACCAGGAUCUCGCCGACGAGUAUCAUCGACAACGGCGGAACUUCAUCCAGAAACAGGGUGGCUUCCUCCAAGAGGAUACCUCCGUGGUCCGGCCUCUUGACGAAGCUGAUGGUGGUCAGCGCAUCAGCAAGUUCAAAGCUGCACGUCUCUCCAAGCAGUGAUCUGGUCGGACCCAGACGAAUAGGUAUGUGACUGAUUGUUUUCUUAACCUCAACUCCCUCCCCAAAAUGAUGACCAAGACAAUUUUUAUACAGUUAUCCCUAUCUCAAUAACAUUAUGUGGAUACGGUUCUAAUUUCUGAUUUCCUUCUUUCUGCUACUCAAGUUUGACAAUCUUGUCCUAGGAGUCUGGCUAACAUCAUGCAAAGUUACCACAGAAUACGCCAGCUUCACCAUCCGUACCUACUUGGAUGCCCCCGUCUGAGCUCGCCGUGACACAUUAUGCUAGGUAAGACGAAUAUUUACUUGCUUUUGCUUCCUCCCCAUCGACCUGAUGACCAAGACAAUUUUUUAUACAGUUAUCCCUAUCUCAAUACCAAUGUGUGGAUAUGGUUCUAAUUUCUGAUUUCGAUGCUAUUGCUACUUUCUUGUUUGCACUUCACUCCAUCGUCAAGAGUCACGGCUAACAAACGAAACGUUGCAGUUCCCGAAUCCAGUGAUCGCACUGACUCAUUGUUCCCCAAUCCAUUGUUCCCGUCUAGAUCUUACCCUGCAACGCCAUCCAUUCGGACGCGGAGAGGUGGAUAGAACGGAUAGCAUAUUGGAUUGAUAGAGACCUUACUUUGGGCCUCCCCACGCGGUCAGCGAUUCUGUAGUUCAUGAAUCCUGUCGUGUCUUGCUUCUCAUACUUUGCUACUGUCCACUAAUUCUUACAGUGUUGG